GCAACAGGCCAGUGGGGCAAAGGCCGGCAGGCAGCUCUCCUGUCUGUCACACUCCCAGGUGUUCUACUACGAAGAGGUGGUGCAGAAGCAGGAGCGGGAGAUCUGCCUGCAGCAGGAGCAGCUCCGAGAGGCGCAGGAGCACCUGGCCAUGGCCAAGAGCAAGAGCAGCUCCACCGAGAGCAGCCUGGAUCUGUACAAGAAGAAAUACCAGGCUGCCUUGAACAGAGCUGGCGAGUUGGAGGGCAAGGUGCAGAGCCUGAAGGAGGAACUCCGGGACAUGAGCAGCCAGAUGUGGGAGUGUGAUGACACCAUCAUCAACCUGUGCAGCAAGCAGCUGGUUCUGCAGCAGGAGAUAACGGGCAGGAGGAACCAGACGGCCGUGGAGCAGCUGACUCAAGAACUUCAUGCCACGCAGGAGGAGCUGUCCAGGAGCCUUCAGCACACCCCCCAGUGUGAGCAGAGCAUCCAGGCCCUCCGAGAGCAGCUGGCUGCCAGUCAGACCAAGUGCUUGGAAGCUGAAGAGAUGCUAAUGCAUGUGCAGACGGAGUUUGCCUCCUACACAGCCACUCACAGUCACUCCAAUGCCAGCUAUGAGAGCCAAGCCGCCAUGGCAGAGAACCUCCAGCAGCAGCUGAGCUACGCCAACGAGGCCUGCGCCAAGCACAGCCAGCGGGCCGAGAAGUACCAGUGCCUGGUGCAGGACUUGAAGCUGGAGCUGGUGCGGGUGGCUGAGCAGAAGAACAGCAGCAUGAAAGCCCUUGGGACACUGGAGCUGGAGGUGCAGAGCCUGAGGCAGGACACAGCUGCUAAGGUGGAGCAGAAGCAGCUGGAGGUGGCCAAGCUGCAGCAGCUGGUCCAGCAACUGGAGUGCAAGCUCCGGGAGAGCCGCCGUCUGUGUGCGCAGAAGGAGCAGAUCAUGCAAAGGAGGGAUGAACAGCUCCACCAGGCACAGGCCGCCAUGCGGCAGGCUCGUGGUGCCCUGCAGGAGAAGGGGCUGAAGCUGGAGAAGCAGAGCGCAGAGGCCAGGAGCCUGGCCGCACGCCUGCAGCAGGCCCAGCAGGAGAGGGAGCAGAGCCAGGCGGCCAGCGACAGCCUGCAGGAGGAGAUCCAGCUGCUGAGACAGAGCCUGCAGGACAGCCAGCAGCAGCAGCAAGCAGCUGCUCAGGAGCUGGUCCAGCAGGAGGAACGGCUGCUGCUGGCCCAGAGCAGCCUGCAGAGCACGCAGGAGCAGCUGAGCGAGCGCAUGGCUGAGGUUGUCCGGCUGGAGCAGGUCAGCCACAGGCUGGAGGCAGAGCAGCGGGCGCUGCAGGAGCAGCUGUCCAGAAGCAUGGAUGAGGUGGAGCAGAGCAGGAAGCUGCUGGAGUGCCUGAAGGCGGAGCUGGCCCAGUGGAAGCAGAGGCACCAGGUGGCCCUGCAGCAGGGGAUGCAACAUCAGCACUCAAUGGCCAAGAUGGAGCUGAAACUGGGGAGCAGCCAGCAGCAGGCGAAAGCCCUGCAGCAGCAGCUCCAGGAGCAGGAAUCCACCCAGCGGGCCCUGCGGGAAGAGCUGAGCCAGCUGCAGGGCCAGGAGGAAGAGCUCCAGCUGCAGCUGCAGGGAGCCCAGGAGAGGGAGUGUGUGCUGGCCAGCGAGCGCGAGGAGCUGCAGCGAGAGCUCCAUAGCAGCGAGCAAGCGGCCACGCUCCAGGAGUCGGCCCUGGCCCAGCUGCAGGCAGAGCUGGGAGCUGCUCAGGCCAGAGAGUGGCAAAGCACCCACACGCUGACUGCAGCAGAGGAGACCAUCCAGGCCCUGACGCUGAGAACCGCGUCCUGUCAAGAGAAGCAGAGGGAGGCGCUGGAGAAGCUCAGUGAGAUGGCACAGGACGUGGCGGCCCUGCGGGCGGAGCUGGUGCGGACACAGGCCAGGGAAGCCCAGCUGAAGGAGGAGACAGCAGCCUGUGAGGAGCGGAUGAGGCAGCUCAACGGGGAGCUUAAGAAGCUGCAGGGUUUCCAGCAGCAGAGCGAGCAGGAGGCCCGGUCCUUCGAGGAGCAGCUGGAGGAGCGGAGCAGCCAAGUGCAGCACUGGCAGAGGCGGUACCAGGAGAAUGCGCAGGCCCUGGCGCAGCGGGAUGAGGACCUGGUCGUAUUCAAGGUGGAACUGGCCUCUUUGAAAGAAAAGCUCCAUGGUGCCGCUGAAGAGAGAGACCGCUUGCAGCAGGAGCUCAAUGUCUUACGGCAGAAGGUCCUGGCCUCCAGCAGUGAGGCAGAGGCGCUGCGCUCCUCCCUGGGGGCUGCACGCUCAGACAGCCGCCGGCUGCACCGCGAGAGCAAGCUGGUGCUGGCCAACGUCAGCCAGUGGGUGAAGGAGCAAAAGCAAGCAAAUGACAAACUGGGGCACAAGAUCCGGGAACAGAUCAAGCACAUCGCGCAGCUGACAGGCGAGAAGGACCACCUGCAGGAGCUGCUGGCGAGGCUGCAGCAGGAGAACAGGCACCUGAAAGGCGAAGUGGCCAAGCAGUGCAUUGAGUGUGAGCGGCUCAAGGCUCUGCAGAGCAGCAGCUUAGACGCACAGGCCAUGCUUCGGCAGCCAUGGCCCCUGCUCCUGGGCGAGGAGUGAGGUGCCUCCCUCUUCCAGCCUGGCGCCUGCACGAUGGACCCAGCAAGGACUGUACACAGGGCAGGCACGUCCUCUUCAGCUACCUGCUGUGGGCCCCGGGCCCAGCCUGCACUGUGAAAUAAAGCCACGGGCACAAGCUGUCACCCACCACGUGUGGUUUGGCCACGUCGGCAGGGCGGGGGCUGCAUCCCCCUCAGCAAACCCCGCUUGCUGGGAACAGCUCAUGUAUUUCAGCCAUUAAAGAUGUCGCUAGU